CAUCAUGGCCACUAAGAUGAUUAUUCAGCAGCCUAAGCCCUUGGUUGUGGCCCCUGGUACUGAUCAGUGGUCCAGCAGCAUUUGUGAAUGCGACAAUGUCAAUGAUUGUUGCUUUGCGUGCUGGUGUCUCCCAUGUUUCGCAUGCAUCACAGCUAGAGAUCACGGAGAGUGUCUUUGCUUACCUUUGCUGGACAGUUGGGGCCUCAUCCCACCUAUCACUAUGGCGAUGAGAGUGUCUGUGCGACGUACCUACGGCAUCGAGGACUCUAUUUGCAACGACUGCGUGUAUGCGUUCUGCUGCGGGCCAUGCUCCUGGUGCCAAAUGAGACGGGAGAUGAAAGCUCGCAACCAUCCAGUCACCCUCUUCCACAACCGGGCAAAAUAAAAAGCUUCAUCAUCAUCAUCACCACCUUCAUCAUGAUUUUUUCUAACCUCAACCCAGCAUGUCAGAGAAAUGUACUGGCAGUUUGUUAUUCAGUUCUGACAUGCAGUAGUGUGGAUUUCAGUGCUAUAAUCUACUCUGGAAUGAAGACUGAAAACUGAGACUUAGGGUAACGGCCAUGUCAUUGCUUUACUGCCAAGAUUUACUAUCAAGAGCACAAUGAUAAACUUGUUUGCAUCAAUUAUCAUGCAUUAAAAUGUAAGGUCCUUGUUAAUUU